AUGUUCAAUGCGACAGAGUGGAGGACGCGGAUAGCACAGAUAAAAGAACAGUACUUUCCCACCUUGACCAAAUCCACAUUUCUGAGGCAUUAUGUGCCAAUUAGUGGCAUUGCUUCACACGUCGCAUUCACUACUCACAUCUUUGCUCCACAGUUGUUAAAUAAGUAGGUUUUUUUUGACAAUUUAAUGGUAGGGUGGGGGUAGGGUAGGGUAGGGUAGGGUAGGGUAGGGUAGGGUAGGGUAGGGUAGGGUAGGGUAGGGUAGGGUAGGGUAGGGUAGGGUUGGGUAGGGUAGGGUUGGGUAGGGUAGGGUGGGGUAAAGUAGGGUAGGGUAGGACAAAAAAUUUGAAAAACUGUCAUUUCAGAGUAUUUCCGACCUACGAUCUAGCCGUUAGUAACACAGUAUUAUUCAACACGCAUGUAGGUAUAGGCUUCUAUGUAUUCUUCCGCCGCCAUAUGAUACGACUAAACAUGUGGGAUCGUAUCGAGUUCAGCGUCUUCUCAUCCGUCAUAUUCAACUUUGGCUCAUUAAUGUUCUCCGUGCUCUUGAAAUCUCUGUUACCUAAAAAGUAAGUGGUUUUUUUAUUAGGAGGGGGGUGGCGAGGAGGGGGGGGAGGGGGGGGAGGAGUGUAAUCACAAAAGUUUUGUCGCUCCUUUAGGUAGUAGUGAAUGUAAAAAGACGUCAAAAAUUUUUUGAAUGUUCUAAAAAUUGGUUUAUCUUAUUGGAAAUAAUCCCACCUUGUUGAAAACGGUCCGAUCGUUUUAGAAAUAACCCCAUCUUUUUAAAAAUGGUUUCAUCUGUUAAAAAAUAGUCCCAUCGUUUUAGAAAUUGACCUAUAUUCCUAGAAAUGGUCCUAUCUUCUUAGAAAUAUCCCCAUCCUCUUGAAAAUGGGCCCAUUUUGCUGGAAAUGGUCCCACUGUCUUGCAAAGUUCCCAUUUUCUUAGAAAUGGCCACAUCUUGUUAGAAACGAUUCCGCUUUUUUAGAAAUGAUCCCAUCAUCUUUCUUCGUCUUAGAAAGUGCAUCACCUUCUUAGAAAUGGUUGCACUUUUUUAAAAAUAGUUGUAUCUUCUUAGAAAUAGCCCAUCGUUUCAAAAAUUGGAACUAGGCCCACUUUCGUGCAAAUGGUCUUAUCUCCUUAGAAAUGGUUUCAUCUUUUUACACAUGGUCUCAUCUUUUUAGAAAUGGUCCUAUUUUCUCAGAAAUAACUCUAUCUUCUUACAAAUGGUUCCACUUUUUAAAAAAUUGUGCUAUUUUUUAAGAAAUGGUUCCAUCUUUCUCGAUAUCGCCUUUUCUUGUUAAACCGGUCCCAUAUCAAAAGAAGCAACCCUACUUUUUAAAAAUUUUGAAUUUUAACAUUUUCUAAUUUUAGACUCCCAACCUGGACGAAUGCCAUAAUUGGUGCCGGCGUCUCAACGUUCCUCCUCUCACGGUUUGCGAAGUAUGUCGGGCACAUCGACAGACGAACCGUGGUCCCCGACCAUGAGACGAACAGUCUCAAAAACGGCGGACUCAACCUGAAAUCCAUCAGCUACGACUCGCUGAACAACAACAGUAAAGAUAUGAAUGGUGUUGGGAACGGGGUGAUCAAGAGCGGUUGA